GACUGAGUUCUUUUGCUGCCAUGGACUUGCCGUGGCUUUUCGUGUUAUCAUGUGGGAUUUCACUUUUCUUGUCAGAUCCCGCAGUUUCGUCCCCACAAAAGUCACCGUUGAGAUGCCGCCUUGGCAUGUUCGCGUGCAAGGAUGGAUCUGACUGCGUUCCAUCCAGCCACGUGUGCGACGGAGAGAAGGACUGUAAAGACGGCUCUGACGAAGACAGUUGUGCCGCGGAGUGCACUUCAGGUCAGUUUCAGUGCGCACAUGGCAAGAAGUGCAUCGACAAAAGCCUGGUGUGUGACGGUAUUGCGCAGUGCCAGGACCAGUCUGACGAGGGAGACUGCCUGAAACCAGAGGGCUGUGUCCAUCAGUGCGAUGGCAAGACUCGCUGCUUGCCUGCCACCUUCCUUUGCGAUGGAGAGAGGGACUGCAUGGAUGGCACAGACGAGGCCGGCUGUAAUGGGGAGGCAACAGAGGCUACCCCUUCAGAAGCAGAGACUGCUACCUCUACGGCAGCCCCAAUGAGAUGCCGCAUCGGCCUGUUUGCGUGCACAGACGGCUCUGACUGUAUAUCCUCCACCUACGUGUGCGACAACGAGGUGGACUGCAAGGAUGGCUCUGACGAGUCAAACUGUGCUGUUGAAUGCACCUCAGAUCAGUUCCAGUGUGCCCAUGGCAAGAAGUGCAUUGACAAGGUCCAGGUCUGUGAUGGUGUAGCGCACUGCCAGGACCUGUCCGACGAGGGCGACUGCUUGAAGAUGGACGGCUGUGCCCAUCGCUGUGACAACAAGACUCGCUGCCUGCCAGAGUCCUUCCUGUGCGAUGGGGAAAGGGACUGUCAAGACGGCACAGAUGAAACCCGCUGUACUGCUGAGGCCUGCAGCAACGCUGAGUUCCGCUGUGCCAGUGGCCAGUGCGUGUCCAUGGGGGUCCACUGCGAUGGCCACCCCGACUGCAGGGACCGCUCGGACGAGGAACGCUGCAUGGAGCCACCACCCUGCGCCACCAACACCCGAUGCCCGCACAGCCACGAGUGCUUGCUGGAGGACUGGCUCUGCGACGGUGACCAAGAUUGCAAGGACGAAUCCGAUGAAAAGAACUGUGAGGCAGUGGAGGUGGCCUGUGGGGAGUUCCAGUGGUGGUGUGCCUCAAAGACCCAGUGUGUCCCCAAGGCCUGGAGGUGUGAUGGCGCAAAGGACUGCAGUGAUGGGAGUGAUGAGCUGGACUGUAGUCCAGCUGUGUGUCCCUCUCACCUGUUUCAGUGUGGCAGCUCUGAGUGUGUCUACAUCGGUCUGGCCUGUAACAGUAAACCUGACUGUCAGGAUGGUUCGGACGAGGGUGGGGACUGCCUUACUGAUCGCUGUGCCGCUGCUGACCAGUCCCAUUGCUCACACUUCUGUUACAGCUCUCCACGUGGAAAAAAAUGUGGUUGUAGGCCAGGGUUUAAGCUUCAAGCAGAUGGGACGAACUGUGUGGACAUUGACGAGUGUGGCGACAAUGGCCUUAACGCGUGCAGUCAGCUUUGCGAGAACAUCCCAGGCUCUUUUGUCUGCAACUGCUCUCAAGGAUAUGUGCUCGACCCAGAUGGCCACAGCUGCAAGAUUAUGGGAGAGCCUUAUUUGUUGGCUGCUGUGCAGUCGGAGUUAUUCCUGAUAGGGCUUCGAAGCUCCAGCCUAGACUUGUUGGUCUCCUCUGAGAAAAAGCCUAUUCUGUCUGUGGACUAUGACUGGCAUGAGCAGAGGGUGUACUGGAUCACCCUAAAUGCAGAUUCCAUCAAGUGGUCCUCAUUUGACAAGAAGAACACUGGCACAAUCAUCAAAGGAAUCAAUGUGAACAGCAUAGCCGUGGACUGGGUUGGAAAAAAUCUGUACUGGAUUGAUGGUUUUGGCAGUCAGAUCAACGCCAUUGGGUUGGAGCAAUCGCUGAUGAAAGCCAAUGACUUGGUGACCAUACUGGAUGAGGAUAUGGACCAGCCCCACUCCUUGGCACUGCUGCCAGAGAAAGGGCUGAUGUUCUGGUCUGAGGUGGGCGCGGAGCCCCAGAUUGAGUGUGCUGGAAUGGACGGGUCAGAGCGACGGGUUCUGAUCAAGAAGGAGCUGAGGUGGCCUGCUAGCCUGGCUGUAGACCCGCUGGGACUGAGGCUCUUCUGGACGGACGAGAAACUCAAGUGCAUCGGCUCUUCAACUCUGGAGGGCGGGGACAUCCAGCUUCUGCAAUUGAUGGAGACUCAGAGCCCAUUUUCUGUGUCGGUGUUCAACGACAUGGUGUUCUGGUCCGAUACAAAGAGGGGCACCAUCCAGAAGGCUCUCAAAGCCACGGGGAAGAGACGUGAGGUGGUACUUAAACGACCUGGACAGCCCUUGGGCUUGAAAGUCCUGCAUCAUCAUUUACAGGCAAGAGGCGCCAACGUGUGUGCAAAGCAUCAGUGCUCUCAUCUGUGUGUGGUGGCGCCGGGUCCAAAAGCGGUGUGCAAGUGUCCAGCCCAUCUUCUGCUUGCUGAGGACGGGCUGACUUGCUCCAGACCAAAGGACACCUCCUUUGUCUUUGUGCAAACUACAAAUGCCCUCACUCAGAUGUACCUGCAGGGCCGUAACCAUGGCAACAACCUGAAAAGCUGGCCCGAGCACCGCCGGCUGGAGCUCCCCAGCAUGAACGAGCCCACCGUGUUCGACUUUACUGUCAAGGACCUGACGCUGUACCUGGCUGAUGCCACCAAGGCCUCUGCGGAGCUCUUCAAGGUGAAGGAGUCGUCGCUGGUGUCCAGGGGCCAGCUGCUGCGCUUGGGCAGGGACUACCUGACCGCCCUGGCCGUGGACUGGAUCACCCGCAACCUCUUCUGGAGCAGCGUUAAGCAGCCUCGCGUUCAGGUGACCUCGGCCCAGGGCAUGCACACCGCCGUACUGAUCCGCGAUGGGCUGGCUCAGGGUGGCGUGGAUGCCAUCGCUCUGCACCCGCCCAGUGGACGCAUGUGCUUCAUGGACCACGCAGGAGAUGGAGGGCAGGAGUCCCAGGUGGAGUGCGCGUUCAUGGACGGCAGGAACCGUACAGUGGUGAAGAGGAGUUCAGCACAGUUGGGCUCGCUGGCUCUGUCUGAGGAUGGCGGCACUCUGUACUGGGCUGACACAGAUGCUGGCACCAUCGUGUCAAUAGGCGUGGAUGGAUCAGGAUACAAGGAGGUUAAAAAAGAUACUGGGCUGAGGGCUUUUGCUGUCAUAAAUGGAGUGCUGCUGUGGGUGACCAAGACUGACAGAACCAAGUUUUGGUUCAGAGAUGAUGGUCAAAAGGACAAGCUGUGGUUUGAAGUGGACACGGAUGUUGGUGCUCUGAAGGCGUUCAGCAAAUCCAGCCAACUGGGAACCAACCAGUGCUCAAACGGCAAUGGUGGCUGCACACACCUGUGCCUUCCCUUCCCUGGGGGCCGGACUUGCAGGUGUGCCCAUGACCACCAGUCUCCUGAUGGGAAGACCUGCUCACCUGACAAGCACUGCCCUGCUGGCUUCAAGUCCUGUCUGGAUGGACAGACGUGCCUUCCCACCGACAAGUUCUGUGAUGGCCAUCCAGACUGUCCGGACCACUCGGAUGAAAACUGCAACCACCAGACAGUGGGAUCCAAAUCUGGUUCCCCUGCUGCCUCAUUGGCUCCCCCAGGUGGCGCAGUCUCCCCACCCUCCAUAUCCAGUGACGUCGCAGUGAGGAACCUGGGGGCAUCUGAAUGUGACGACAGCCUGUGCCAGGGCCGUGGCACGUGCAUCUCCCGCAACGGCGCCACGUUUUGCGAAUGCGCUGUGGGCUAUGGCGGCGAUCGCUGUGAAGACGAGCUGUCUGGCCUGAGCGGGCCAAUCACCUAUGGAGCUGCUGGAGGAGGGGCGGGGCUUCUGGUCAUUAUUGUGGUGCUCGCCAUGGUGAAGAGGAGGACCUCAAGUCAAGGAGCCAGCCCUGAGCUAGGAGAAACCAACAUGGAUGUGCUGGAGAAACUAGACACAUCUCCCCUGGAAUGUCCCUCCUCCACCAAAGAGCCUAAUGUCAGUGAGGAAGUUGCAGCCUCGGUGGACUAGAUCUCAACAUGAAUUUUAAAGACCGUCUUUGAUACAUAAAAAAUAAAGGAAGUGUUGUACUUCUA